CUCGAUCGCAUCGGUUUUCCAUCGACUAGGCGGCCCGACGCUCGUCGGAAAACUCUUCCGGUGCGGAAGAAGCCGGAAAAGAGGCGGUUCACGAUAAAUCACAAAAAAAGGAUAAUGAUUUCGAUGACAGCCGGUUAAUCCAUCAAGAUGUCUCUUCUCUAUUUGAGCGAAUCCGGGGCCCAAUCGCUCUGCUUAAACGACUCCACGACGGAGUGUCUGCCGUGCAACUUCAACAACGGCACAUCGACCGCCUUCUUUUUGAGCGAUGACCAGCCGGACCUGAACGAGGAUCCCAGAAUUGAGACCCUGCGGAGAUACUCAUACGCGUUCGCCCUGCCGUCCAUUUGCUUCCUCGGCAUAAUUGGGAAUAUUUUUAAUCUCAUUGUCCUCACGCGUCGGAACAUGCGAGGGCCAGCUUACAUUUAUAUGAGAGGAUACUCAGGCGCAGCGCUGCUGGCAAUUUGCUUCGCAUUGCCGUUCGCUUGGAGGGUGCUCGUGCAUCGCGAACAAGGCCAUUGGGAACAACCGCUUUCAGCUUACUACUUCGCCCAUCUGGAGCUCUUCCUCGGCAACGGCUGCCUCGGCGUGGGAGUCCUGAUGCUCCUGGCCUUGACGUUGGAGAGAUAUGUCAGCGUGUGCCAUCCGGGCCACGCUAGACCCAUAUUGGGUUCUCCCAUUCGAGUCGUUACCGUCAUUCCUUUGAUAACUCUCAUACUUUACAUUCCGAAUUUGUUCCGCAAUAGAGUCAGAACUUGUCAAUUCCUGCCGAAAGGAAUUAUUAUCUACCAGAGAGUCGAAGAUACGGAGUAUUUGAUGAGUCCCUUGUACAGUGUGUAUAAAGUAAUAUUGGAAUUUAUUUACAAAGUGCUGCCGGUUAUUUUGCUGGCUGCGUUGAACUUGAGGAUUUUAAUUGUAUACAGAAGAUCGUGCGAUAAGCGAAGGAAAAUGACGCUGAGCAGGAAAUGCUCCGGGGAGGAGGAUCCGAAGAAAUUCGCCGAAGAAAGAAGAUUGGUUUUGCUAUUGGGAUCUACAAGUAUAUUGUUCUUGGUCUGCGUAACGCCCAUGGUUUUGUUGAAUGUGACCUUAUCAGAUGCAAACCUUGUAUAUUAUCCAUACCAGGUGUUUCGAGCAGUCGCUAAUCUUCUGGAAAUAACCAACUAUUCCAUCACCUUUUACAUAUAUUGUUCGUUUUCUGAGGACUUCAGAAAUACGUUGCUGAGAACGUUGAGACUCCGAAGUUACGAUCUGAAGAGAGGCGCUGUAAAAACCCCCCAACCGACUGCAACGACGACGAUAACGCAGCAAAAAUGUGUUUGAUACAAGCCCUGUAGACCGGAUUGGACUCCGGUCUGAGAACGCAAUGUACAAAAUAAAUAUUCGAGUAUAAAAUAUUAUUAAUUAUAAUGGCAUAUUACCAUAUUUUAAACUGUGAGAUAUUUUUUUUAAACUGAUUAAAUGAUUAAGAUGAAACCACAUUGGAUGGCACAUUUAGUAUAAACUUAAUGAACCAUUUAAUGUCGUUUUUUUUAGUAAAUAUAGACUGUAAAGAUAAUAUGUAUGUUCAAAAUAAUAGUGUACUUGUUCCUAGUAAACUAUUUGUAUAAUUAGGUUUAUACUUACGAUUAAAAUGUUUAUACCUACAUACAAAAUAAAAAUUUUAAAAUCGCG